AUGGAUUUGCCGGACGACAAUGCUGCCAUGGUGACGCACCUCUCGCCCAGCACACACGCUGAUGUCCUGUCCCUUAUACGACUGACAGGGCCAGUAAACGACGAAGUUGAGGAAGGAGACCUGACCUGGUGCGCUGCUGGGCUUGAAUCGCUGCGGUCCGUGACGUGGGAUCGCGUCAAGGAGGCCACCUGCAGCGACGACGACAUGCGUGCACUGGAGGAGAUAGCAGCGGACGGCUUCCCCGAGUCGAGGACAGGAAUGCCGGUGGCCAUUCGCAACUUCCACCAAUACCGCGAAGACAUUACAUCUGCUGAUGGGGUGGUCCUGUACAAGGACAGAGUGAUCAUUCCACCCUCGCUCCGUGUUCGCAAUGACCAGCUUCCUCCUCGAUCUCUCUAUGACGACUUGGCGCCUUGUGUCACGAUGCCAGCUCUUCCUGUGUCGCCAUUGCCGUCCAGUCGUGUGUGCAGCCCGGUGACACCUGUGGUGGAGUCUGGGCCCACCCCGCCGCCGACGCAUCCACCUGCGGGCUCUCCCCGCCGCGGUUUGCGGCCAGUUUCCCUCAUGCCUGCGGUGCCAGCCCGGGACAUCCCUUGUACUCCGCCACCGGACUCUGUGGCCCCCUUGGCCCCUUCGCCGCCGGCUGCGUCGCCAGCUACGGAGUUACGCCGGUCCACCAGGAAAGCCGGUGUGCCUGCCUGGCAUGGGGACUAUGUCUUGGAAUAG